AUGCGAAUGUUUUUGCGGAUAUCAAACUUGAUAGAGCUAUUUCUCUUCAUUAGUUUCAUAUCACAAUCUUUUUCUUUCCGUAGGCAUCACCGACGAUCUCUAGCUAAUGAUGAACGCUUUUUAAAAUUCAAUUUGCUUAGCUCAUACCCUUCCAAGAUUACUAGCAAUGAAAAAUUACUUUUGGAAUGUCAGUAUACUUUGGACAAAUCAGACGUCAAACAUGUCCGCUUAGAAUGGAGAAAGGAUGGAUCUGUCAUAAGCCCAAACCAAAGACACUUUCAGCUUCUUUCCAAUGGAUCUCUUUUUGUGGAACACUUGGGUUCUGCUGAUGAAGGCAGCUAUCAGUGUUCAGUACAUAUUGGCUUAGCAGAUGGAUCUCAAUGGACUUAUCUGGGCGAUAAGAUCAGAGUGGUUCUACCUGAACUGCCCAGAUUUCAAUCAAAUCCAACAAAUCAAACUAUUGUACGAGGAGAGCCAGUGGUUUUUCAUUGUUUCACGUCGACCUCUCCCGCACCCUCUGUUACUUGGUACCACAACGGAGUAAUUAUAAAGCAAGGAGGCGAGUAUCAUAUACUUCCCGUUACGAAUUCCUUAGAAAUAAGUUCUGUACAACCUCGACACGAAGGCGAAUACAAGUGUAUAGUUGAAGGGUCAGGUAAACGACGAACUAGUGAGAGUGGAUUUUUGGCAUUGGCUAGAGGAAAGCAAUCUGAAGCUGAUAUCACAUUUCUCUCUCAACCUCAAGAUCAGUCAGUAGUGGUUGGAGAGCAUGUUGUUCUCGAGUGUCUGGCAUCUUCAUCCUCAUCUCCUGAUGUUAGAUGGCUUAAAGAUUCUCGUCAGCUGCCUAUCGAUGGGAAGAGGAUUAGGAAGGUCGGCAUGAGUUCGCUUCUGAUUGAAAAGGUCAUAACUGACGACUCUGGUUUUUACACAUGUCGCGCUAGCAAUUCUGUAGACAACCAGGAUCUGACGGUGGAAUUGAAAAUUAUCUCUCCUCCUCAUAUAACUACUCAUCCGAACACGAAAGUUGCUUUGGAAAAUGCUGAUAUAGAAUUCGAAUGUCUUUCCUCCGGGAGACCGAAGCCUUCUAUUUCGUGGUUCAAAAAUGGAGAGGCCAUUAUUCCAAGUGGAUACUUCGUCAUUGAGCCGAACAAGUUGAGAAUAUUAGGUGUAAUGGCAGGAGAUCAAGGAGUUUAUCAGUGUAGUGCGGAGAAUUCAGCUGGAUUUCAGCAAACAUCCGCGCAGCUUUUAGUCGAUUCACCCGGACCUACAUUUAUUUCCACAAUGAAUUGGAAAAGAGCAAAUAUUAGAGCUGAUAGCCAAGCUGAUGCUACCGCAGUUGCUGCAUCUUCUGGGCAACCACUCAUUGCAUCUGCGCCUCUGGGGUUGAAAGAGACUCUUAUUGGUAGCAGAGUAAUUGCUGUAGAGUGGGAUCCACCUGUAUUGAGAAAUGGUCAAAUUAUGCGUUAUCACGUAUCUUUCAAAGAAGAAAAUAGUGAACGAGAGAGAGUAAUGAACUUCUCUUCUACAUCUGCGACGCUGAAAGGGCUGCAGCCUGACACACUCUAUCUGGUCAGAGUAGCUGCUGAAAAUGAAGCCGGAGUAGGAAAAACAUCUGAUUAUAUAAAAGUUACCACGAGAGAAGAGCAGGCGGUCCCAGGAAGAGUUACUAAUUUGAAGGCCAAAGCUAUAGGCUCGGAAGCCAUAGAAGUUAGUUGGGAUCCACCACAAGUGGGGCCAGUUGCUCUUAGGUAUAAAGUCUUUUACAUCAAGAGCCCUCCGGAUGAUGAAGAAGAAACUCAGACAGUGACAUCUGCAACUACUUACACUUUUCACGGAAUGGAUAAAUUCACGGAAUAUUUAAUCCGUGUCGAAGCAGACGGAGACAAGGGUAGUGGACUCAGUAGUGACACGGUCUCAGUACGCACCCUCUCCGAUAUUCCUCGGGAACCUCCGAAACAGAUCGCUGUUGAAGCUAUUUCAAGUACAAGUGUGCGAGUAACUUGGAAAGAACCUGUUGAGGGAGUGAAUGGUAACAUCACCGGGUACAAGAUAAAAUACAAAACCAAAAGUAGAGGGACGAAAGGGAACGUGAACGUUGUAGAUGCGGACAAAAGGGAGUACACCAUUAACUCACUUGAGCCUGACACUCCGUAUAUGGUUAGGAUGGCAGUUGUGAAUCAUAAUGGAAGUGGAGAGUUUUCGGACUGGCUGCAUGUCACUACACUUCUCCGUGAUAAAGAAGAAGUAGUUUUGGGAGCUCCGAGAGAAAUAGGCCCUAUCGCCGGCCUUGAUCAUAUUAUUGUUUCUUGGCUACCUCCAUCUGAUGAGUCCAGUUUAGUUCGAGAAUAUCAGGUCGGAUGGGGUCAUGGAGUUCCCGAUAGUUCCACUGUCAUGGUACCAAGUAACGUGAUGCAAUAUAAAAUAAAAAAUCUGAAACCGGGAAGAGAAUAUGUUAUAUCAGUUAGAGCGUCUAAUAAUCAAGGCGUCGGGUUCCCCAUUUAUGAAACGAUUAAAACAUUGCAAAAAGAGAGUGUGUCUGUAGUUGAUUCUGAGAAUGCUGACCCGGCCAUGACUCCUCUUGGUGUCCGAGCCGAGGCUGUAUCAGCUACAUCUAUGAGAGUAGUUUGGACCGAAGCUGAUCCUAAUGCAUUCAACACUUACUAUACUGUUAGAUAUAGCACAAGUGCGGAUGGCAAUGUUAUGAAAACUCAAAACUCUUCUGAACCUUACAUAAUAAUCGACGGGCUUAAGCCUGCCACUGAGUAUGAGUUUGCUGUGCGAGCACUGGCUAGCAGUGGGAGUGUUAGUCAAUGGAGUAUGUCUGCGAUUGAUAGAACGUUCACUGCCCCACCUUCAUCUGCUCCAAGGGAUUUGACGGUUUUACCCGCGGCAAACGGUGAUAUACAAUCUGUUUCUUUGACAUGGCAACCACCUAAAUAUGCCAACGGCGAAAUAGAAGAGUAUCUUAUAUUUUACACUGAUAAAGUUUCUGCACCGGAUAAAAAUUGGACCACUACUUAUGUGCGUGGUGAUAGGCUUAGUUAUCAUCCAAGCAACUUGCUACCCAGGACAGUAUAUUACUUUAAAAUUCAAGCAAGAAAUGAAAAAGGCUACGGACCUUUCUCGCCUAUAGAAUCGUAUUCACCUUUGGAUAAGGAGAAGUCGAUUAUUAGCUCUCCGACAGAAUCAGAUUCUCACUGGAAUUAUAGUAAAAUUCUUUCCGACAGAAGCUUUUUACUCCUGUUAGGUGUAAUAUUCGUUAUUAUCAUAUCGAUAGCGCUCAUCUUAUGCUGUUAUAAAGGAUGCUCUUCCAACAAGAAUGGGUAUGGUGGAAAGCGAUCAAACGCUAGUGGAAACGGAGAUUUAUGGAUAAAUCAUCCUGGUGGAAGUCACAUACGUGGAGCUCCUUCUGAUUACAUGGUAGAUGGCAUGAGCUCAGGGCUAGUUGAGCGUCUGACUGGCCCAGAUGUUGUGGAAUCUCCUCCUCCAAGGUACCAACCACUACAAGAUUCCGCUUAUGGAUCAGUAUCGGUGCGCAACUCGCGAACGCCAGUUCGACAAUCCGUUUCGUCGUACGAAGAAGAAAGAAGGCCUGUUAUAGGAAGAGCUAAACCAAUGCUUGCUUCAGUACAUAGUUAUGGAACAGAAGAUAGUCAAACAACUCUUUCUCGGAGUUAUCAUCAAUCGUCAAAUAGUUUGGAGGGCCGACAACGUACACCGCAAGUAGUCUACACUGGAAGCGGAAGACAUCCCAAUGUGUCUAAACUUGAUUAUAAUGAUUCACCUUAUGGUUCAUCUUCCGCACUAAACUCUGGAACUCCACCGCUGCCUCUAGGAGGACCUCCAUCAGGGCCACCUAUUGUUGAUGGUUACCGCACAUUACGAGGGACACCGCCAGGUGGCAAUCCGUUAAGAUCUUUCACUCAGUUGGCGAACACACCAAGUAGUGGUCGACCUGUAGUUGUAGCUGCAGGGGGUCGUCAACUCCCAGUUGGAAGAGCAACGGCGCAACCUAGAGUGAAUGUCAGUAAUAUCUACAGUCCAUACGCUACAUGCUCUUCUGACACUGAGAUGGAGAAAAAACCUUUGUCUAAUGAAAUAGAACUGCAUCCAACAACAAGUUUAUCAGAUAUUCAACCAUCGAACUCAACGGAAGAUCUAACUGCAGAGAUGGUUAAGUUAGAUACUUUCAUUGAUGACCUUCAAAAAUAUCAACAUGACAUCAAAAGUGAGGAUACCCAAUUGUCUGCAUAA